AUGUUCGGCUUCGACUACCCCAACCAGUCCAACUACCCUUACAAGACCAACGGCCCGGCGCCCAACUACAACAACAACCGCCCGGUGACCCCCAUCCGCCUUUCGGCCAACCCCCACGAGAGCUUCUGGCUCGGCAACGGUCUUCGCGACUACCCCCCUGCCCCCGGCCAGUUCCUCGACCUCAAGGCCGGUGGUGCCACCCGCUUCGAGGUCUCGUGCAACCGUGCCUUCACCUCGUACCGCCACCCGGGCAUCACCACUCCGCUCCCUGCCCACGCCUGCACCGAGGAGUACCCGCUCCACACGGUCAACUGGUUCAACAAGCAGCCUGACAUCUCCAAGCUCGGCGGCGCCGCCCUCGCCAUUGCCUACACCUCGGACGCUAAGAACGUGAAGGCCUCCGACUUCACCGUCAUUUCGGUCCAGUACCGCGCCGUCUGGGAGCGUGUUAUCACCUUCAACAUUCCCUCGGGCAUGCCCGAGUGCCCGCCUGAGGGCUGCCUGUGCACCUGGAACUGGCUGCACACCGCGCUCAACACGCGCAACCCCCCUGCCCCGAACGGGCAGCCCCAGGGCGAGGGCUACGGCAACGAGAUCUUCAACACCCUCAUGCGCUGCAAGGUCUCGGGCUCGAUCAACAACAACAACAAGGUCGGUGCUGGCCAGAACCCCGUCGAGUGCUCGAAGGACGCGGCCAAGUGUGUCAAGGGCCCCAAGAAGCCUAUCAUCACCUGGAUGGCCAGCGGCAACACUGUCAACUUCAACAACGACCAGAAGUUCGGCUACCCCGUCUACAACCGCGGCUUCGGCUUCUCCAACGGUGCUCAGCAGGACGCUAUCGUUCCCAAGUAA